AUGAAUUCAAAGAACCAUACAGAACCAACAUCAGCAACAACAACCUCUGGUUCGAAACCAACAUUUCUCGGAAAGAAAUUCAAUCCCGUGAAAGCCUCAUCAAAAUAUCAUCAAACUCUUCCAAGAGAUUCAUUUUCGAAACGAAUUUUCAACAAGGUCAACGAAUUAUGGAAGACACCAAUCGGAAAGAGAAUAGUCAUAUUUGGAGCCAUGGCAAUGGCAUCUUUCGCGUUCGUGUUAGCACCAACGAUGAAAAAAGUCAUUGCACAUGGUAAUGAAGAUGAAUUGGAUAAUACCACCACGAAACAAGAGGAUCAUCCUAAUGAAUAA